AUGUCUACCUCCGACAAGAGCACCGGCAGUGGCUCUAUCUCCAAGAUCACCAACACCACCAAGAAGACCAACUCACCAUCCCACCAGAACUCCGCCUCAUCAUCUACGAAGAACUACAUCCCGCCCGACCCUGCUAGCCAAAGAUUCCAGUACAACCGACCAGCUCUUCUCAACGUCUGCAAGCUCCUCCGCUACGAAGCGCUCAAGACCUACCGCACCGCUCUGGUCAAAGCAGAAUCCGACAUUACAGCCGCCGCUGACGCAGCUCGCACCAAGUACAAAGCAGCCUGUUCGCUUUACCUGAACAACCGCAGCGAUAAGUCUGCAUUCCUGGCCACCGAAGCCAUGUUCAAUCGCUUGAACGUGGGGUCACAAGAGAGGAUGAUCAGAGAUGUUGUCGAGGCGCAGAUGGAGUGGUUGGAUAGUCUGGAGUGA